UCAAGUUUAGUUGGAUUUGGAUAAUAUCUGAUUCAGAAAGGUUUAGGUAUGCUAGGGAUACAUCAUUCGGAAAGAGUCAUUUGAACUUCUGGAGCCAGUCAACAGUUCUGCUUUGGAUUGUGUGCACCGUGUGCUUCGUCAAACAGUUUUUCUGGUUAGAUAUUAUGUACCUGACUCUGAGGCAUGGUUUUAUCUCGGCACAUCUUGCACCUGAGAUCAUUUAUUCUCAUGCUAACGGUGAGCAUCCCAUAAGGAUUCAAACAAUGACAACAAGUGACAUAGAUGAUGCUUCUGCCACGAUUGAAAGGGGUAACUGGAGAUUCUUGAAGCAUCAAAUGAUGAAGAGGUUGCCUUACUGUCACAGAUGUUCAGGUGAAAAGCAAGCACUACUGAAUUGUGUUGGCGUUAGCAUGAAUACGAUGAAUUGUGUUGGCGUUAGCAUGAAUACGACGACUUUGUCUUCAGAUCGGCUAACACCUUUUGUGCAUACAUACCCAGAGCAACUAAACAACUAUUUUCUGGAAAAUGCUCUAGCAGCAACUGUAAUUAAGUUAAACUAAGAUAGCCUAUUUGUUACCAGCUGCUAUCCAUAUUGGAAAGAAGUGAUAUUGUACUAUUUUGUCCUCUCAAGUUUAGUUCUAUACUAACAAUUGGAGGUGAUGAACAAGAGGGAGUAGGAAAAGGAACAAUGGAUUAAAGGGAAGCCUUCAGUUCAGAGUGAAAGUUGCCUAAAUUUAAGUACACUAGAAAUAGCAGCCCGCGCGUUGCUGCGGGUUUUAUAGUAAUGCAUUGACAUUAUCAGACA